AUGCAGUGUCCUGUCCUGCCCUCCUGUCUUCGUCAGGCUUUGGGUCUGUCCAUCACGGACGCUCAGAUAGCGGAGAUGGAGAGCCACGCAGAGGACAUCGACUUCGCCAUGGCGGCCGAAGAGGAGCGUAAGCUCAGGCACGAUGUCAUGGCUCACGUCCACACCUUCGCCCACUGCUGCCCCUCCGCCGCUCCCAUCAUCCACCUGGGAGCAACCUCCUGCUUCGUGGGAGACAACACUGAUCUCAUUAUGCUGCGAGAUGGCUUCGACGUCCUCUUGCCUAAGCUGGCGAGAGUCAUCGACAGGCUGUCAAACUUCGCAGAGAAAUACGCUGAUCUCCCCACGCUUGGAUUCACACGUUACCAGCCUGCCCAGCUGACCACAGUCGUAAGCUUUUCUGACACUGUCUUUGAGCAGUAUCCAUCUUGGACAGGUCGCAUUUUGCUGUAA